UGCACCCACAUCCAGGCAAGGGUGUGGCAAGAGAAGGCAGAGCAAGAGCCCUUGAGCUUUGGAUGCUGGAGAAACUUGGGAUCCUCAGGGAAAGGGGAUCGGCAGACCUCAGUUCAGAGAUUACUUGCCCAUCUUUCUGUGCUCUGGAAAAGGAGAAGAGUGAGUGGAUGGCUGUGACGUACCUGACCUCAGUGCAAAUCAACCCACCUGUAGCCUGAAGAAACUGUUGUGCGGCUUCCCAGUUCUAAGGAGCGUGAAAAAAAGACUAAUUUUCUUUGCCUUAGCAGCCAUGCAGGACUGCCUACUACUGAUUGGAUGACCAGCAUGUUUUUGGCAACUGAGACAUCUUGGCCUGCACUGUUCCUUUGCUCUCAAGUUCUCUUCUGCCUCUUCUUUUGUACCCCUUCCUGUUGUUGUACGUCCUGCCCUGAACAGUGUCAGUGUACCAAUUAUUCAGGGGCAACUGCUGUUCUGUGCAGUGCUAGCAACUUGGAAGAGAUUCCAACAGAUAUUCCUAAAGAUACCAUGUUUCUGAAGCUGGAUGCAAAUAAAAUUACUGCAGUUCCCAACAGCACUUUCAGGCAUCUUGCCCACUUACAAGAAAUAGAUCUCUCCAAAAAUGCCAUUGAGAAGAUUGAUUCAGCAGCAUUUAAGGGUGUGGCUGAUGGCCUGCGCUUGCUGGAUCUCUCUGGCAAUCAUAUACAGAGAAUCCCCAAGGAAGCCCUGGUCAACUUGAAUGCCAUGAUUCGCUUAUCCAACAACCCUUGGCAUUGUGAAUGUACUUUGCAGGAAGUCUUGUGGGAAGUGAAACUGGACCCUGAUUCAGUCAAUGAGAUCACAUGCCAAACAUCUGUGCAAGAGGAAUAUGCUGGCAAACCUCUGCUCCACAUCCUGGAUUCAGGCAUCAACUUUUGCAACAUGCACCAGAAAACUACUGAUGUUGCCAUGUUUGUUACCAUGUUCAGUUGGUUUACCUUGGUCAUUAGCUAUGUGGUUUACUAUGUCCGGCACAACCAAGAGGAUACAAAGAAGCAUCUGGAAUACUUGAAGUCAUUACCUAGCACAAGAGUUCCUAAAGAGACUAUCAGCACAAUCCUGUAGCCAGGGGUGCUGACCCUCAGCUAUACAGCCUGUUUUCUAAAGAAGAAAAUGUUGAAUGUGAAACAUAGAAAGUUUAUUUCCUACUAAUUCAGCCAGGACUUUUCUAAUUUUUUUAAAAAAACAAAAUGUUUCAUAAAAGGUUAAAAAAAUAUUGACAUUAUAAGCAUAGUAAGAAUGUCUAAACCAUGUUUCCCUGCGUUCCAUGCUAUUGUUACCAAUAGUGGACCCAGCAAACACUAUAGAGAAAAUCUAUAAAAUGAUCUCCUUGGCAAGACAUUUGGACAGUACAUGGUUUAUUAUGGCUCCCUGAAGUUCACAAUCAAGAUCUGAUUCCAAGAGAGAAAUUUAAAAACCCUCAAAUGGAGCAAUAUAAUCCUGACAAAUGUGCUCACGAUGUCAAUGGAAGUAUGUACAUGGUUGACUUUUGCUUGAUACUCCACAGAACACUUUCUCUAAAGCUAACAGACAGUUCUGUCUCCAAAUUCAUAGAUUUUGCAAACAAGAACCCAUAUAGAUUGGUGUAAUUUAAUAUGAUACAUGUGAUGCGUAUGUUUGUGUGUGUGCUGCAAAUCUAAAGAGGAUAUACUUUAUACUGCAUCUGGAGCCCGUACGUCUUCAUUCUUCAUCAGACUGAUAACGUGUUUUUAAUUCCACAAACAUUAUAGUAAAGGAAAAAGUAUGCAUAUGUUAUAAAGAACAAUGCUG